AAUUGGCUACUUCCGGUAAUUUAGUUAGCUCAUUCGCCACCUGAAAUUUCUACUCCGGUGGUCGGAAAAGUGUUUUCUUAUUAGAGGUUCACGAGAGACAGAUAUAAAUAUAACUGAUAAGAUAGAUAAAGAUUGAUAGACAUCCUCUUACAGAUAAAGAGAGUAUGUGUGCGUAUAUCGACAGUUAGAGAGAGAGAGAAUCGACAUUGACGCUUAGAGAGAGAAACCUCCACUCUUUCGUUUUCUCCUUGGUACAUAACAAAAGACAAACCCUAGAAAUUAGCUUCAAACGUUUUUUAUUCAAGAGAGACGUACUGUUCGCGAUAGUCAUUCAUUAGAAAAAGAUUCAUCACUAUUUCGUCUCUAAUUGUGCGAAAAAAAAUACAAAAUCAUUCGCUUUCAAAUCCCUAAAUUCAUUCAUUUCUGGCGGAGCUUCGAAUUAUCGCCGCAGAAUGAGUUCUUCAAGUACGACGUGGUCUCCGAGCUCGUUUCAGCUUCGAUUGGCCUUGAAUUGCAGAAAACCCUCGUCAGUUUUUGUACGGAUUGGUGUUCAGAAGGUAAGUCGUAGGAUUCGAGUUUUUUCUACUUCUGGAGAUAGUGGACGCAAUGGUAAUGGAGUGGAACGGCGUCGUAGUGGAAAUUCGUGGAUGAGUUCGAAUUCUUCCGCUGAUGGUUUAUCUGGAUGGUCUGGUGCCGAUGCUGGUGAAAAGUCCGUUGACUCGCAACGUCUUGGAGUUUCAGGGAUUGUGGCAUCUGGAGUAUCUGGUGUUAUUCUCAUUGCUGGACUUACAUUUGCUGCACUGUCUAUAAGCAAACGAAGCGCAUCCAGACCAAAACAACAGAUGAAGCCCUUUACAACAGAGCAAGAAGUGUCAUUGGUUUCUGAUGACCCCCAUGAGGUAGUUGAAGAAGAGAGAAAUGGUGACAUUGAUAAGAUGCAAGACAGUAGUAGUAUGGAAAGUAACAAAGGUAUAGUCAAGGAUCCUUCUCCAUUUACAGAAAACAAUGAAACUGCUAUUGAAAAUGGUCUCCGUAAUGAUACCGAUGUGGAAUACAAAUCCGGUGGUGGUAAUGUCAUUAACAAUGCUUCUACUCAACAACAAUCUUUGCAAAAUGAAUCAGCUAUUGAUGCCAUGUUAGUUGCUCCUGAAGCCACACCAAAACUACCUGAAUCCGAGAUUUAUGAUGGUUCUUUUGUUGCCUCAAGCUUUGAAAAAUUGGAUGGCACUAUUAUUGCUGAAAAAUCAAAUUUAACAACUGAACUAAAAGAGAACCUUAUUGAUGCCAAACUAAUGAACUCAUCAGUCUUAGAUGCUAAUCCAACAACUCUUAGCACUGACCAUUGGGAAGGAGUGACUGACUCAAGGGAAACAGAAAAUUCCGUCUUUUCGAAGGAUUCACAUUCCAGUUCUAUGGUCCUUGCUUCCAGUGGGCCGUUAGCUUUCACUACCUCAGUCAAUCCACAGUCAGAUGCACUUUUAGAACCCACGAAUUUGCAUGAACAGGAUACAGAAACUGUAAGUUCUCUUUCAACCAAAGAUUUUGAUCUGGGUAAAGUGCCAGAGGUCUCAACAGAGGGAAACAAGCCAUCUCUGGAAGUGCGUGAUCUAAAUGGAGGUGGUUUAUCUGGAACAAUUUCAGUGUCAGCAUAUCCAUUUGCAGAUGAACAAGAUGGAAAUGGUUAUAACGAAAUUCAUGGAACCAGAUCAUUUUUUCACUCUAUGAAUUCUGGGAAUUUCUUUUCUUCUGCUGGCAUACCUGCUCCAUCUGUAGUUUCUGCAGCUGGAAAGGUGUUUCCUGGAAAAGUUUUGGUUCCUGCUGUUGUCGAUCAAGUUCAGGGACAGGCACUAGCAGCAUUGCAAGUUUUGAAGGUUAUUGAAGCCGAUGUUCAACCUGGUGAUCUAUGUACUCGUCGUGAAUAUGCUCGUUGGUUGGUUUCAGCUAGCAGUGCUCUUUCAAGGAACACAGUUUCAAAAGUGUACCCUGCAAUGUAUAUAGAGAAUGUCACAGAUCUUGCAUUUGAUGAUAUUACACCCGAAGAUCCCGACUUCCCAUCCAUUCAAGGGUUGGCUGAAGCUGGAUUAAUUUCAAGCAAGCUCUCAAGACAUGAUUUGCAACCUUCAUUAGAUGAAGACACAAGUCCUCUCUGCUUCUCUCCUGAUAGUCGUCUAUCGCGUCAGGAUCUUGUGAGUUGGAAAAUGGCCAUAGAGAAAAGACAGCUUCCUGUUGCUGACAGAAAGAUCCUACAAGAAGUUUCUGGUUUCAUAGACAUUGAUAAGAUCAACCCAGAUGCAUGGCCAGCACUCGUGGCUGACUUAUCAGCAGGAGAACAGGGGAUAAUAGCCCUUGCAUUUGGAUAUACAAGAAUGUUCCAGCCUGAUAAGCCCGUGACAAAAGCCCAAGCUGCUAUUGCUCUUGCCACUGGUGAGGCUGCAGACAUAGUUAGUGAGGAACUUGCACGUAUUGAAGCAGAGUCUAUAGCAGAAAAAGCCGUUGCUGCACAUAGUGCUCUAGUAGCUCAAGUUGAGAAGGAUGUCAAUGCAAAUUUCCAGAAGGAGCUCUCAAUGGAAAAGGAAAAGAUUGAUGCCGUACAGAAAUUGGCUGAGGAGGCAAGGCAAGAAUUGGAGAGGUUAAGAGCUGCGCGAGAGGAAGAGAAUAUUGCUUUAAUGAGAGAACGUGCUGCUGUCGAGUCAGAGAUGGAAGUUCUUUCGAGGUUAAGGCAUGAGGUGGAAGACCAGUUGCAGACCCUUAUGAGUGACAAAGUUGCAAUAUCCUAUGACAAAGAAAAAGUUAGCAAGCUUCGGAAAGAUGCAGAAAUCGAGAACCAGGAGAUUACCAGGUUACAAUACGAGCUGGAGGUUGAGCGAAAAGCCUUGUCCAUGGCCAGGGCUUGGGCUGAAGAUGAGGCAAAAAGAGCAAGAGAGCAAGCAAAAGUCUUGGAGGAGGCUAGAUAUCAUUGGGAGAGGCACGGCAUCAAAGUGGUCGUGGAUGAUGACUUGCGUGAAGAAGAGAAUGCUGGGGUUACAUGGCUCACUGCUGGAAAGGAGUUUUCAGUUGAAGGAACAGUCAGCAGGGCCGAGAACUUGGCAGACAAGCUGAAGGCAAUGGCUGCUGAUGUGAGGGGAAAAUCAAGAGAUACAAUUGAUAAGGUCAUCCAGAAGAUACUCUUCUUGAUAUUUAGCUUGAAGGAGUGGACUUUAGACGUUGCCAAGCGGACAGGUGAGUUAAAAGAUGCUGCCAUGUCCAAGGUAGCUUUAGACGCUGGAAAGCGGACAGGUGAGCUAAAAGAUGCUGCCAUGUCCAAGGUAGCCGGCUCGUUAAAGGACUUGCAGCAGAGCUCAUCUGAAUUUACCUUGUCCAUUAGAGAAGGGGCGAAGAGGGUCGCAGGAGAUUGCAGGGAAGGAGUUGAGAAACUCACUCAGAAGUUCAAGACAUGAACUAUUCCUCUCUAUUGUUCCUGCAACUUUUUACUAGUUUCACUAAUAAUAUCUUGUUCGGCAACUGAUUGCUGCUGAGAAGCUUGAGAUGUAUUAUAUUUCAUUUCGGCCUUUUCCUAUUUUGUACCAGUCUGCAUUUGUCCUAGACCAAUUGUGAAUGAUGAUAAAUGCGGUUUUAUGACAUCAGUGAAUAUUUAUACUUUCAGUCAUUACCAGCCUUCAUAAAAAAGAAUUUCAAUCACAC